CCUAACGUUGGUUGAAGUUAUUGAAGAACAGCGUAUAAAUUCCAAAUUUUGUUCAAAUAAUGGGAAAUUCGGAGGGGAAAAAAAGGAAGAUAUCAGAUAGGUUUUUUUUGACGAAACUGUUGAGGUUUGAUUGAACCACUAUUGCAUCUUUCAAAGUAUGUAAUUUCACCUCCACAGAGAGAAACGUGACGCUGUUUUAGAACUUUUUAAUUGUUCGCAUUUAACCCACCAGAUGAAUUUUGUUGCAGGAUGUAAAGGCUUGCCUUCACGUCGCCGGGGUACAUCCGCUAUUUUUGCACUGAGUUUUAGGUGAGAGCUGUUCUUGACAGACAGAAACCCGGAGAGAGACGCAUGCGCCGGGGUUUGUUGGUUUCUGAUUGGCUGCAGUGGGCCGGAGGCGGAGCAUGUUCGGCUUGCGGUGGACCGGGGGGCGGGGCGUGUCCAUGGCGAUCCAACAUGGCCGAGGAGACGGCUCCUGGCGAGCAUUUGGAGUUUCUGAAGGAUCGGCAUGUUUGCUUCUUCGAGCGAUGUCUAAAGAUCUUACCCGAGAGGUACUGCUCACUGGAGACCAGCAGGUUGACCAUUGCUUUCUUCGCAUUAUCUGGCCUGGAUAUGCUGAGUGCCUUGCAUCUGGUGGAUAAAACCAGCAUCAUUGAAUGGAUUUAUUCUCUCCAGGUCCUUCCCACUGAAGAUAGAUCUAAUCUAGAUCGCUGUGGAUUCAGGGGAUCUUCACACCUGGGAAUCCCUUAUCAAUCGAAGGAUAAUGGUUCUCAUCAUUUAUAUGAUAGUGGUCACAUAGCCAUGACAUAUACUGGUUUAGCUAGCCUAGUGAUCCUCGGAGAUGAUCUGAAACGGGUAAAUAAGGAAGCAUGCCUGGCAGGGCUUGGAGCCCUUCAACUGGAAGAUGGCAGUUUCUAUGCAGUGCCAGAAGGAAGUGAAAAUGACAUGAGAUUUGUGUAUUGUGCCACUUGUAUCUGUUAUAUGCUUAAUGAUUGGUCAGGAAUGAAUACACAGAAAGCCGUAGAAUAUAUUAGGAAAAGCAUGUCAUAUGACAGUGGCCUUGCUCAGGGAGCUGGACUGGAAUCGCAUGGUGGAUCCACAUUUUGUGCCAUUGCCUCACUCUGCCUAAUGGGAAAACUGAAAGAGGUCUUUUCUGAGAAGGAACUAAAUAGAAUAAGACGGUGGUGUAUAAUGAGGCAGCAAAAUGGUUUCCAUGGCCGACCCAAUAAACCUGUGGAUACCUGCUACUCAUUUUGGGUUGGCGCAACCCUAAAGCUUUUGCAGAUUUUCCAGUAUACUAAUUUUGAGAAAAACCGGAAUUACAUUUUGUCAACCCAAGAUCAUAUUGUUGGAGGAUUUGCAAAGUGGCCAGAUAGUCACCCAGAUGCUUUGCAUGCAUACUUUGGAGUCUGUGGUCUUUCUUUAAUUGGAGAAUCUGGUGUUUGCAAAGUGCAUCCUGCACUGAAUAUGAGCAUAAGGGCUUUUCAAUAUCUUCAGCACCUGCAUCAGACAGCAGAGACUCAGGGGCAGGACCAGCAAUCAGAAUCAAUGCCUGACUACACAUGACAAAAGUGGUUGCAGAAUUAAAACUGAAACUAGGUCAAAUAUUCUUGCCCAAGGAACAAGCCAUGUCAUUAGGAAGAGGUCUUGCUUGAAUGCUGAGACUCCAUAUUAAAAAGACAGCUCUGAAGAAUGUUUGUUUUUAAAAUUAUCAUUGGUCCAAUCAAUGGACCAAUUGCUGUUUGCUCUGAAUUCUGAUAAUGCAUUGAAUGUGUGUUUUGAGUGGAUGGAAGUUUGUCUAUAUUCUGUAGGAAAUCAUUUAUACUAAUUUUCUAAACAGUUUUGAGCAUUUAAUAAAUAAA